UCCUUGAAGGUCCAGGCACCUGCAGUGUAUUCUUCGCUCACCUGUAUGUGCAGGAAGCCCGACUUCUGUUUACUUCAGAGGCGCAGUAGUUCUGCCAGGGCCCUAUCCAUAAGAAUGCUACCGAAAUGCUGCUCUGAACUCUAAGAUCUGCCUAUAGUUACUCUGGGAGCCAAGCUUAUGUUUGAGCCCUACCUACUUUCUUGGCUCAGUGACCUCGAGAAACUUGUUCGAGCAUUCUUAACCCAAAUAGUGCUGCUACAGUAAUUGGCCAUUAAAAGAUGUAAAGUUUGAUGGUGAAGGUGCCUUGUUACUCAAAACACAGAUCAACAGCACCCGAGCAUAUUAGACUUGCGGGGUGCCAUUACAGACCUACUGCAUCGGAUUUUGAAUUCUGACUAUCCCCAGUGGUUAGUAUGUGCCCUGAAGUUUGAGAAGCCUAGCUUCUACAGCGCUCAAACUUGGCCCUCAGAUCCUUGAGUAGGUGGCUUUACCUGUUCAGUUAUAGGAGUGUAGCUGUCGAGCCAGUCUCAUUAAUCAACUCUGCCGUUUUCUGGUGCAUGUCCUAUUUCUUAGAUGGUUACCCUCCUGGAAGAGAAAUUGACACCCCGUUCUUAGCAAUUACAUUUAUCAUUUAAAAUAACGAACGUGUUAUAUUAGUAAUGCACAUACCAGGCAUAAAUUUAAGUAGUCGUGAGACUGUUUCUUUAGACUCUAUCUCGAUUUAUGGGUGACAAAGCUAAGUCCACACACUAGUAAUUAGUAUACUUGAGAGGAGUAUACAAAUACCUCAAAGUAGGCAUCUACAUAAUGUUUUAAAAUGAAACCGAGUGCUUAUCUAGUUUAAGCUCCAGAAAUUCAAUUUUAUACUGCUGAGAAGAAUGUCACAGGUCAAUGAAUGGUCAUUGAAGAUCAGAAAGGAAAUGAGAGUUGUUGACAGGCAAAUAAGAGAUAUCCAGAGAGAAGAGGAGAAAGUAAAACGGUCUGUGAAAGAUGCCGCCAAGAAGGGCCAAAAGGAUGUCUGUGUGGUUCUGGCCAAGGAGAUGAUCAGGUCAAGGAAGGCGGUGAGCAAGCUCUAUGCAUCCAAAGCGCACAUGAACUCUGUGCUCAUGGGGAUGAAGAACCAGCUUGCGGUCCUAAGAGUAGCUGGUUCCCUGCAAAAGAGCACAGAAGUGAUGAAGGCUAUGCAGAGUCUUGUGAAGAUCCCAGAAAUCCAGGCCACCAUGCGGGAGCUGUCCAAAGAGAUGAUGAAGGCUGGAAUCAUAGAGGAGAUGUUAGAGGAUACAUUCGAAAGCAUGGAUGACCAGGAAGAAAUGGAGGAAGCAGCAGAAAUGGAGAUCGACAGGAUCCUCUUUGAAAUCACAGCAGGAGCCUUGGGCAAAGCGCCCAGUAAAGUAACCGACGCCCUUCCUGAGCCUGAACCUUCAGGAGCAAUGGCUGCCUCAGAAGAGGGAGAGGAUGAGGAUGAAGAGGACCUGGAGGCCAUGCAGUCCCGACUGGCCACACUCCGAAGCUAGGGCCAUCCAGUUGGGGCCUCAUCUCUGGUGCCCUCCUCUAGGUGUGGGCACAGCCUCUGAGGAGUCACCAUUUCCUGUAUCUCUUGCACUACACCUCUGUUGUGAAGCGUUGCAUUUUGGAGAGGGUUCUAUGCUAGUGUAUCUUCACUGUCUGCAGAGGUUUUAAGGAUUGUUUUUAUGAAGGUGGUAUAAUCAAAUGCAUUAUUUUCAAGAACAUAAAUAGCAGAAGUAUCUUUCUUGGGGGAGGGCGAAGAAACCCAUUUUCUCAUGAAGCAAUUCUGAGAAGAGUCAAUUGAAUGUUGAUGGCUCUCUACUGGUGUGUAUGUGUAAAAUACUGCAUAAGUGGAUGUCAAUAAACUUCUACUUUA